UUUAUCUAUCCGAAAACAGUUGCAGGACAUUGGUACCCAAAAAAAAACUUCAACUACAGUAGCUACUAUUAUUAGAAACAAAAACACAACUUAAUAUCUUCAUUUUGUCCAAUUCUCCAUUUUCAUCUCUCUCAUCAACGACACGACCUUUGAGUCUCAGUUAAAGCCGUCUUCAAUAAUUAUACACUAAAUUUACAUUAAUUUAUUCAACAAACACCACUAUUUAUUUUAAUCAUCAAACUUCACUUUCGAUGUCAACAGUUUGUAGAUUAAUGGCGACCAUGUCAAACUCACUCUCACUCAAACAUGGCUACUCUCUAUACUCAUCUUCUUCUUCAUUUUCUCUCUCUAAAUUCCACUCUAAACCUUCGUUCGUCGCUUCUAGAACCUUCAAUGGUAAUCGAAGUUUCUCCAUCGCUGCUUCUUCCAGCUUCUCCAACGAUAAUCGAGAGUAUGUGAUUGUUGGAGGUGGAAAUGCGGCGGGGUAUGCUGCUCGGACAUUUGUCGAACAUGGAUUGGCUGAUGGCAAGCUCUGCAUUGUCACUAAAGAGGCUUACGCACCAUAUGAGCGUCCGGCAUUGACGAAGGGCUACUUGUUUCCAUUGGAUAAAAAGCCUGCACGAUUACCAGGUUUCCAUACUUGCGUUGGAUCUGGUGGUGAAAGGCAGACUCCAGAAUGGUACCAGGAGAAGGGGAUUGAGAUGAUUUACGAGGAUGCUGUGACAGGUGUCGAUAUUGAUAAGCACACUCUACAAACCCAGUCAGGCAAAUCACUGAAGUAUGGGUCACUUAUAAUUGCUACUGGUUGCACAGCUACAAGGUUUCCAGAGAAAAUUGGAGGAAACUUACCCGGUGUGCACUAUAUUCGGGACGUGGCAGAUGCUAACUCCCUUAUAGAAUCAUUGAAGAAAGCAAAGAAGGUGGUGGUUGUGGGCGGUGGCUAUAUUGGCAUGGAAGUUGCAGCUGCAGCUGUGGGUUGGAACCUAGAUACCACGGUCAUUUUUCCUGAAGACCGUCUUUUGUCAAAACUGUUUACUCCUUCACUGGCCAGGAAGUACGAAGAGUUGUAUGAGCAAAACGGGGUCAAGUUUGUAAAGGGUGCUAUGAUUAAAAACCUAGAAGCUGGUUCUGAUGGAAAUGUGGCUGCUGUCAAACUUGAAGAUGGUUCUACCUUAGAAGCAGACACUAUAGUUAUUGGUAUUGGAGCUAAACCUGCAGUCGGUCCUUUUGAAAAUGUUGGCUUAGAUACGACUGUUGGUGGUAUUCAGGUUGAUGGUCUGUUUCGCUCCAGAGUUCCUGGAAUAUUUGCCAUUGGAGAUGUUGCAGCUUUUCCAUUGAAAAUGUAUGACCGUAUUGCUCGUGUUGAACAUGUGGACCAUGCCCGUAAAUCAGCUCUGCAUUGUGUCAGUGCACUUUUGAGUGCUCGAACUCACACAUAUGAUUACCUUCCCUACUUCUACUCAAGGGUAUUUGAGUAUGAAGGGAGCCAAAGAAAAAUAUGGUGGCAAUUUUUUGGAGACAAUGUUGGAGAGACAGUUGAGAUAGGAAACUUCGACCCCAAGAUUGCUACAUUCUGGAUAGAUUCUGGGAGACUGAAAGGAGUUCUUGUUGAAAGCGGAAGUCCUGAGGAAUUCCAACUUCUUCCCAAAGUUGCUAAGGCUCAGCCUUUCGUUGACAAAGCCAAGCUGCAAAGUACAUCUUCAGUAGAGGAGGCCUUAGAAGUUGUUCGUCAAUCACUGUAGGCUGGGGCAACAGUUUAGGUAGGGCAAGUAGCUGAUUAGUUCUACACUCAGCUCAUCCAUUUACACUGAUUGUCAAAUUUUAUGGGCAUGUAACAAAUAAUCGGAUUUUUUUUGGACUUGAUAGUGAGGUGAGAGAGAGGGGAGGUGAAAGAAAACUGUUGGCGGACGGGCCAUGGUUUUCUUGUGUUCUACAUGUUCAUCUAAAUAAAAACUAAAUUUUGACCCCAUUUGAUGAAGGGGAUGCUUUUUGUUAAUCUAUAGUCACACUUACAUGAA